AUGGCUGAUCUGAAAAAAGGAUUACCCCAGGGAGGUACCACCCGUUCAUCGGGUGGAGAAUCCUCUGCCGUCGCACCGGGUAAGCCGGGGGCGGUCAGUCCCACGUAUUCUGGGGGGGACAAGAAAGGCCAGAAGGGAGGGAAGAAAGGAGAAAGGAGAGAGACCAGGGAAGAGACAGGUGUUAGGGGUGUAAAUAUGGAAGACAUAGGAAUUGAGAAGGAGCUUAGGGUAAGGCUAGACAGAGGGGAGUUAGAGAACGUCCUCAGUACCGGGAGGUACGACAUUCUCAUGGAGGAGGACCUGUCCGACGUUACUGGGUCGACGCUGUCCCUCUUUACAGGCAGCGAAGACGCCAGCAGUGACGGCGAGAAAAAGCGCACGAGGCGAAAACGCCAACGUAAGCGCUCCAACUCGGAUUCAGAGGGUGAGCGAGAAGGCAGAGGCCAUGAAGACCGCAUCGAGGCCAUGAAGGCUGCGGUUUUGGAGGGGCAAAGAAAUUUUGACCAAAGGCUCGGAGUGAUUCGUGCCACUUGGGGUGGAGACCCUAUGAAGCUCCAGUGGACGGCGGAUGCGCUCCGAAGCAAGAUAGAGGCCUGUGCGGACAUCAUCACCGUCACAGUAAAGAAGUGCGGAAACCUUAAAGGCACCACGAUCCGGGACAUCAAGGAUGCCGUGGAGGCCAUAAGGGAUGCGGCCGACUUAUUAAAGAAUAGGUCGGUCACAAAGGAGAAUACGGUCCUGGCCGCGAAGGUCGCGAGCCUGGAGGGACAAGUGGCCGGCCAAAGGGCCGAGAAUCAGAGGAUUAGCCAGGAGAUCCUUGAGCUCCGGGCUGCACUGAAGGAUGCGCAGGUGCAGGCGGCCGUCAGUCCAUCGACUUCCGCCGCCGGAGGCCCUGCACAAAGUGGAGAACUGGCGGUUGGGCCCAAGGCCCUAGAACAAUUGGAGGACCGCAUAGCCCGGAGGUUGGAGAGCCGCCUCGACACUCGCCUGGCGAGAAUCGAGGAGCGGCUCCCUCCGGUCCCGGAAGCGAGGCCUACACCAACUGCGCCUGCUGUGCGGGCGAGCGGUUCGGCUGGACCGAAAGGCAAGGGUAGAGGAAAGGCGACGGCUCCUGCACCGGCUGCUAUUGCACCGGCAGCUGUUAGUCAGGCUGCUCCUAUUGGAGUACAGGAGCCGGCGCCCGCUCCCCGAGCAAUGACGGAGAGCUGGGUGACCGUGGCUCGUCGUGGCGCGAUGAGCCAGGGCAAAAAGGCGGCAAAGAAACCUGCGGAGACUAAAUCGCCGCCCCAAAAGGCUGCGACCGCGGGAAAGAGGAGGAAGCCCAGACUCAGGCCGCCCCGAUCUGCGGCGGUGGUUUUGUCGCUGCAGCCCGGGGCUGCCGAGAAAGGAGUAACCUAUGCGGCCCUUCUCAGGGAAGCCAAGGAGAAAGUGUCCCUGGAGAGCAUAGGGAUCACGGAGCUCCACUACAGGCAGGCCAUCACUGGCGCGCGAAUCCUGGAGCUGCCAGGAGCCGCUAGCGGUGAUAAGGCGGACUCCCUCGCUGAGAAGCUCAGGGAGGUCCUGCCCGCGGAGGUGGUCCAGGUCUCCCGUCCUGUGAAGACGGCGGAUCUCAGGAUCGUGGGCCUGGACGACACGGCCACACCAACGGAUGUUGUCGCUGCAGUGGCGCGUUACGGUGGCUGCGCGGAGCAGGAGGUGAAGGCGGGGGAAGUCCGCCGAUCCGAGUCGGGCAAUGCGGCUACCUGGGUUCGCUGCCCAAUGGUGGCUGCCAAGAAGCUCCAAGCGGAGGGCCGCUUACGAGUGGGAUGGGUUUCGGCGCACGUAACGGUGCUAGACCCGAAACCCAUGCGCUGUUACCGCUGCCUACUGCAAGGGCACGUGGGCACGCAGUGCAAAUCGGCGGUUGACCGCAGUCUGGCCUGCUUCCGUUGCGGCGGAGAGGGUCACAAGGCUGCUGGUUGCACUGCCCCGCCGCACUGCGUCUAUUGCGCAGCGGCGGGACGUCCGGCGAAUCAUGCCGUGGGCAGCGGUAAAGCAUGCUCGCGAGGAAGCCGCGCACAGGCGCGGGCGGAGGAGACGGAGGCGAUGGAGGCCGAGUCCGGCCCAUCGCCGCCGACCCAGAGUCUCUCGGCGGCAGAUGCGGGGGCGUCUGCCGUCACCUAA